UGAGAGCCUCACUCACUCAAUUUCCUCUUCCAUUGCUUCUCACUCACUCACUCAAUUUCUUCUUCCAUUGUCUCAAAUUCUACUAUUCAUUUCUGACUUCUUAAUUUGUAGCCAAACUUUUCUUUACAUAAUAGUCAUUAGCAAGCAAAAAUGUAUGCCUUUUGAUUCCAUAAACUCCUCCCAUACCAUCGAGGCUUCUGAAAAAGAAAAAAAGGAAAAAAGGAAAACCAUGGAGGAAAUUAUAUCCUCUUGUACUUCUCAAAAGUUUUGUCAAGAAAACUCACCCACACUUCAACGCCUCCAGUUCAUAGUUCAGAACCGCCCUGAAUGGUGGGUCUAUUCAAUUUUCUGGCAACCCUCAAAACACGACAGUGACCUAGUUUCUUUGUCGUGGGCCGGCGGCCAUUUUCGAAGCACUAGGGACUUGGCCUCCAAAAGAAGUUACCACAAACACCAACCCGGAUUCGGGUUCAAUGUUGUAGAGAAGAAGAGGGCGAUUAGCAGAGAAGUUGAAGCUCUUUUCCAUGAAGACGUGGAUUUGGACGGUGGAGAUGUUACUGACGCUCAAUGGUUUUACUUUUACACAGCCUCUUUAACCCAGUCAUUUACUGCCGGCCACGGUAAUAGUAACAUUCUGGGCCGUACGUUUUGUUCUGGUGGUUUUGUUUGGCUGGCAGGUGAUCAUGAGCUUCAAUUCUAUGAGUGUGAGAGAGUGAAAGAAGCAAGAAUGCACGGAAUUCAAACUUUGGUUUGUAUUGCAACUUCAUGUGGAGUACUUGAACUCGCAUCUUUGGAUGUGAUCAAAGAAGAUUGGGGUCUUCUGCAGCUAUCAAAAUCACUUUUCGAAUCAGACAACAAGAACGUGGUCCCAAAGCAGCUGAGCAGCAGCCGUGAGGACCAGGUACAUGUUUCUCUCUUAGAAAGUGGAAUGUUUUCAGGAGCUGAUAAAGAGUGGGCAACACAAGGUCGUACAAAAGAAGCAGCUCCUGCAAAUGUAAGUGGAUCGUCAUCAGACUCAGGACCUUCUGACUCUGUUGGAAAUUUAACCUCUGAGAAUACUGAGAACAUUCGAUUAAAAAAGAGAGGAAGAUCAUCAAACCGUGAAACAGGUAGAACAGAAUCACCAAUAAACCAUGUUGAGGCUGAAAGACAAAGGCGAGAGAAGCUUAACCAUCGAUUCUAUGCCCUCCGCUCUGUCGUUCCCAAUGUGUCCAGAAUGGACAAAGCUUCUUUACUUUCUGAUGCAGUUGUAUACAUCAAUGAUCUGAAAGCAAGGAUUGGGCAAUUGGAGGCCAAAAUUCACGCACAACCUCAAAAGCCUGGUGUUGAUAUUGGAGGCCAAACAAGCUCCAUGGUUGAUCAUCAUCAAACAAGGCCUAGGCUAUCAUCAAGUUAUAAUAAUAGCGCAGCUGGGGCUGUGGAAAUAGAUGUGAAGAUCGUAGGCUCAGAAGCCAUGAUACGAGUUCAGUGUCCGGAUUGCAAUUACCCUAAUGCUAGAUUGAUGAAUGCACUCAAAGACCUGGAGUUACAAGUUUAUCAUGCAAGCAUAUCAAGUGUGAAAGAGUUGAUGCUUCAAGAUGUUGUGGCAAGAGUGCCUAAGGGUUUCACAAGUGAUGAGGCCAUGAGAAUUGCUAUUCUAAAAAGAUGGUACAACUAGAGUUAUAGGUCAGUUAUUAGUUUACCUUGCUAAUAAGGAGUGAUUUUGGUUAUUAAUGAUGAUCUCAUUAUUCUUCGCUUUUAUAAUUGUUGCACGUAACUCAAACCUGAAGAUGUAUUAGCCAAAAUUUUGGAGGGAAUGUAUAUAUAUAAUAUAUUUAAAUGUGGAA